AUGUCCUAUCACCAAAUCCACUGGAGACGUAACAACUUGGUGAAGAUCGCUAGCUGGGACAACGAGAUGAAGGUCCAAUAUCCCAGCAGUACCUACAAGGGACGUCUGGAGCUCUUCCCCAACUUCACCCUCAAAAUCAGCUACCUGCAGAAGAACGACAGCAGCACCUACCAGGUGUACCUGGAGGAUGAGAUGGGCAAGGAGCACGUUGAAAGCAUCCUCCUGACCGUGUAUGAUCUGGUUCCAAAACCCAUCGUGAGUGCCAAAGUGAUCAGGGAUGACCCAACGCGAUGCAAAGUCACCCUGCAGUGCUCGGUGGGGAUCGAAGGGGUGACCUACGAGUGGAUCCCCCCCAGGAGGGUCCUGCUGGAGGGUGCAGAUGCCUCUGAGCAGCAUGUUUCCUUCAACCCCUUGGUAGAAACCUACAUCUGCAAAGUCAGCAACCCUGUGUCCUCCAACAACGCCUCGCUGACCUACAGGCAUCCCUGCUCCUGGACAGGUGAGUCCUCCACAGCAUCCUGCACCACCACUAGCAUGCUGGUGAUCCUGGGACACCUCAUCCUCUUCCUCAUCACGUUCUGCCAUUGA